UGCCGGUGGACUGAGGCAGCAGCUGUGAGUCUUGAGUCUCCCUCCUCCCAGUUGAGUGGAAAGUGGGAAAUCUGACUCUCUCACCGGCUGCUUUCACUCGUCAACCAACACAAACAAUUUGUGUUCUCGAUCUGACCUAACUAUUCAUUUUGAAAUGUUAGUUCACCGACUCAUCUUAUCUACGUGGCACAGCGUUAACUGCUUAAAGCUCACCCUCCCUGCGACGUGCCCACCAUCAAGUAAUAUAAGUGCUCUUCUUAGCUCAGGUCAAAAUAGGCAUUACGCCAAAGCAAAUGUUGGAAUCCCUUCGCUUGGAAAGAAAACUUCAAAAAUGAAGGGGACGGGGCCAGCUAUCGAGAAAAAGAAACUACCGGUUGAGACGGAUACCACUAAAUUAGUAAAUUAUGUUUGUGGGACAGGCCUAACUAAAACUGGUGAGGACGUUAAGCUGAAAGAUGACUCAGAAUAUCCAGAAUGGUUGUGGACGUUAAAUACAGGUAAAGCUCCGUCACUCGAAGAACUAGAUCCUGAUACGGACUAUUACUGGAUAAGAGUGAGAAAAAUUGCAAUGAGGCGAUCGUUACGAUUAAUGAAACUUAAAAAAUUUUAAGCUAUAUAUGUAUUUAUUCUCAGAUAAUAGAGUAAAAGUCAUAAGUUAUUUAGUAUUGACAACAAAUAGGUUUUGUAAGCGAAAGUAAUUUAAUAUAAUAUAUAAAGUAAAAAAAAAGUAUAAAGUAAAUGUUCAAUUGUUGCAUUUAUAUAAAAGCAAUACUGAACCUAGUGUCCAGUACCCUUUCCUUUAAGUUCACAAAAUCAGUUCGAAUUAAAAUCUGUCGCAACCCA